ACGCAACGCCCGACAGCAACGACAAACAAAAUGGACUCGUUUAACUUGGAGCUCGAGUAUGAGCUGGUGAAUGAAUUCGAUGCCGUCAACCUGGUGACGGCCUCCAAGCCGAUCCGGCACGUUGUCCUACGAGACGAGAAGCUCCUCAAGGGCAAGUAUCCCGCCAAAGCACAUGCCCGCAAGGUCGCGAAGAUCCUGGGCGUAACCGACGGUGUCAUCUAUCUCCCCGGCGAGCGCGACAUCAAGUGGGAAGACUCGGACCAGCCGCGCACGUUUCGCCAGCGCAGAUACUUCUUCUACCUCACUGGUGCCAACUUCCAAGACUGCUCCGUCACAUACGACAUUGCCAACGACCACCUCACGCUCUGGCUACCGUUUGUCGACCCGCGCCAGAUCCUCUGGUUCGGCAAGCACCCGACCGCCCCGGUCGCCCUUCGGACCUACGAUGUCGAUGAUGCGCGCUACAACGAGCAGCUGGCAAGCUACUUUACCACGCACCUGGGUAGCCGCACGCUCUAUGUCCUCCGCGAAUCCCACAUGCCUGCUGGUGUCCCCCUCGGCCGCUCUACCGUCAACAUGACGGAUCUCCUGCCCGCCAUCGACCAGGCCCGCAUUGUCAAGGACGAGUACGAAAUCGCCAUGAUCCGCCGCGCCAACGACAUCUCGAGCGAAGCCCACUUGCGCGUGGCUCGCAACUUUCUCAAGAUGACCAACGAGAGACACAUGGAGGCCAUGUUCAUGGGUGUCUGCGACUCGUUUGGCUCGCGCGAGAUGGCGUACCCCGUCAUUGCGGGCGGCGGCGUCAAUGGGUCCACGCUGCACUAUGGCGAGAACAACAAGCCGCUCAAGAUGGGUGAUAAUGUUGUGUUUGACGCGGGUUGCGAGUAUAAUUGCUACGCGGCUGACAUUACGCGCACGUUGCCUGUGGGAGGCAAGUUUUCGACGCGCGGCAAGGCCAUCAUGGACAUUGUCACGAGGAUGCAGAGGGAGUGUGUGGCCGGAGUGAAGCCUGGUAUUUUGUUUUAUGAGUUGCAUAAGCUGGCUGCGCGUAUUGCGGCCCAGGGCCUCAAGAAGCUCGGUGUGCUGCGUGGCUCGCUGGCAGAUAUUGAAAAGGCCGGCACGGCGGCUGCUUUCUUCCCCCAUGGUUUGGGACAUAAUGUUGGCCUGGACGUGCACGAUUUGAUUGCGACGCUGCCGCUGGGUGUGAAGCGCGGCGUUGGCCUCGAGUUUGGAAAGAGGCACUUUGUGUCUUCAGAGAUGCUGGCGGCAAUGGGCACCGAGAAGAUGCAGGGCGGUAGAGGACCGCUGCAGCCUGGUAUGGUGGUGACGGUCGAGCCCGGUAUCUACUUUUGCAGAGAGUAUCUUGAGGGCUUUUACAGGGACAGCGAGGUCCAUGCAGACCUGAUUGACUGGGAUGUGCUCGAAAAGUACUAUCCCGUUGGAGGUGCUAGAACAGAGGACUGCAUCUUGGUGACGGACAGCGGACAUGAGAAUCUGUCUGUGGCGCCCAAGGAGGCAGACUUGCUGGCGGUGAUUAACGGUGCGUAAGUGAUCGCACGGGUAGCACGUAUGUAGAAAUUGAUGUUGUAUGAUAAGCAUACGAGGACAUACAUGGGCAUAGUUUGUCACCACUGGCAAGGGAAAUAAAAAUUGGUUAACGUCUUUAAUCUUCAUUUAUAUACUUAUACAAGAAAAAACGAUGCCUAGACUCCGGGGAUGAGGGAAUAAAGAAAAAAAACAAGAAGAACAACUUUUUACUCCAUUUACAAGUACUUCUUGGGGGACGUCUUGCGGCGCUUGUACAUGACGUAGCCGACGGCCAGGACAACCUGGAAGCCGAUAAUGAUAAAGAUGAGGCGCCCGUGGCCGGGGACGUUGUCAGAGACAGUCUGCGACAGCGUGCGGUGGUGGUCGGACAGCUGACCUCGGACCGAGUUGUCAGUCGAGCGGAUGCGGUCGAUGAGGUCGUCGCGCAUCUGGUUAAAGUUGUGCUGGAGGUCGGCAAUCUUGCGCUCCAUGGCGGCAAUCUGGUCCAUCUUGGCAUUAAGAUCGGUUCGGAUGCCUUGCAUCAGAUCCCGCGUAUCUGUGUUUUGCAUGUUUAUGGUAUCCUGAGCGACAGUGAUAGCGCGGAAGAUGGCAGACAGCUGGUGCGUCGUGGACUGCAUGCGGUUGUGCAGGUCGUGGAACUGCGCCUUGGACGUCUUGAAGACGUCGGCGUCCUCAUCCUUGGGGGCGUCGCGGAACGCAGCAUCGUCGACCGCCUGGUUGUGGUUCUCGCUGCGCGACUCGUGGUGUUCGUGCUCGUUGUUGUGCGAGUUGCCAGCGUACUCGUUGUUGAUGCUGGGGUCGUGGUGGUCCAUCUGGCGGGGGUCGACCGAGUCGGACAUGACGGCGAGCUUGAAGAUCUCAAAGGAGUCUGGGUUCUCGGGCGUGGCGGCCGUCAGACCAAACGUGUAGCCCUCGGGGAUGACAAUGCGGUCGCUCUCAAAGCACAGCUUGCCGUCGACCUCGACGCGCAGCCCGUGCGUGCUCUGCUGGAACUUGAUCUGCGAGGGGCGGCCCAGGUUGCGGUAGGGAAACAUGCAGUGGCCAAACGCGAGGCUGUCGACGCCCGAGGACCGCGAAAAGUCAAUGGAGCCGUCGUUGAGGAAGCCGCGCAGCAUGCCUCCCGAGUUGCCGUGCUGGUCGACCACGAGCACGAGACCCUCAAACUUGGAGAUCGUGUACACGCUGUUAGCGCCAAUCAUGGCCUUGCCGUCCUUGGCGAGCCAGAUGUUUAGGUUGCCGC